AUGCAAGGACCCAAGACUUGUCACCGCAAACGACUUCCACAUGACCGGCCGGGACCCUUCAACGCGUACGGCGUCGCCUUCGUCAUUGCAUCCGUACCCACAAUGCGGGGGUUGAACACCCAAGGCCAGCAAUUUCUACGUGCAGAGCUUGCGCCAAACGGGUACUUCCCGCCACACACGCACCCUAGGGCGUCAGAGCUCAUCUUCGUGAUACAAGGCGCGGUCGAGGUGGGAUUCGUAACCUCGUUCCCGGACUACAAAUACUACAACAAAGUUCUCAACAAAGGCGAUGCGUUUAUUUUCCCGGUCGGCCUCGUCCACACAGUGCGGAACGUGGCUAGAGGGAACAGCAUCACGACUUCGUCUCUCAAUAGCCAGAAUCCCGGGAUUAUUUUUCUCCCCGACUCUCUUUACGCGGCCAAACCGCCCAUCAACAGCAGUUAUCUAGCCAGAGCGUCUAAGCUAGACGAGAAUACCGUCAAAGAUUUGCAUACAAAAAUGUGGUUUGCUUAA